GCUAGAAGACUCAUGUGGCCUUUUCUAAGCCUAUUGCUGGUUUGUUGCGGACUGUGGCGUAUUGGCGCUGCACAGAUGUACGAGCUGCCCGACUGUUUUGAGCUUGAGGACGAUAGAUGCCCCAAUAAGAACAUUACCUUCUGGCUCUACACCGAUGCAGGGUCCCAGGGGCGGCGGCUUUAUGUGAAUAAGUUAUCGUUGAGCGAUUUCUAUCCGCCACGGCCCACCAAGGUGUUGAUACACGGCUUCGAGGGCCAUCGCGACUUCACGCCCAAUUCACAAAUCCGUCGGACACUGCUCCAAACGCAUUGGGUGAAUGUGAUUUCUGUGGACUAUGCCCCUCUGGCGCCCACUCCUUGCUUCACACAGGCGGCCCAUAACGCCCCCUUCGUUAGCCGCUGCUUGGCCCAGCUGUUGGCCAGUUUGCUGCAGAUGCGUCUGGUGCGUGAUGAGGAUCUGCACUUGAUUGGGUUCGGCAUGGGCGCCCACAUCGCUGGAAUGGUAUCUAAUUAUCUGCCUCGAAACCUACGCCUGGCGCACAUCACUGGCCUUGAUCCGGCCAAGGGCCUCUUCUUAGGCACCAAGCCUUCGGAGCACUUGGAUGCCCACGAUGCUGACUUUGUUGAUGUCAUACACACGGACGGGCUUAUGAAUGGUAUAUUGCAGAGUGUGGGCCAUGUGGAUUUCUACCCCAAUAUGGGGGUGACGCAACCAAGUUGUGGCCCAACUAAUGACAUUGAGACGAACGUUUGUCAGCACACGCGCUCUGCUGUCUACUAUGCCGAGUCCAUAACGUCUGGGAGAGGCUUUUGGGCCAUUGGGUGUCAGGACAUUCAAGACUUCAUCAGCGGGUCCUGCAAGCCCAGCAACGAUAUCGAGCUAAUGGGCUACUAUGCGCGCAGCAAGGCACAUGGUAACUAUUUUCUGGGUACGAGAACAUCUUCACCCUUUGCAGUGGGCUACGACUUUAGUAAUUUGAACCGUAACCUGCGUAACAAAUCUUUCCUGAACGAUGAGCUGCUCGUCAAGUUGCAUAACCUGAGACCCCAACUAAAAACAUUGCUGCGAACGCUCUAGAAUUUGGUUAAAGCACUAGCAGCACUAACGGUCUUCAAUUGGUUUUUUCUUUUUUUUUUUUGCUCAUAUUUCACUCAUACUUGUACUUUUCACUUUUAUUGACAGCCAACAGCCAACAGGCAACAACUAAGGCAGCAAGCAGCAACGUCAGCCAUCAUGUCGUAUGCGCAAUAUUUGUGACACAUGCCAAAAACUUGCCGGUAUUAUUCGAUUUGUGUUGCGCAAUAGCUGCCUGCGUCUGUCUGUGUGCUCGAAACAUUUUCGCAUUGAAAAUAUACAAAACAAUUUCACGCUCAUUUAACUCUGCAUUUCAUUAAAAAAAAAAUAAUAAUAAUAAAGGUAUUAAAAAAUCAAGAAACCA